AUGUUAAAAGGCGCUCUUAGAGAGGUUGUGAUUGUCAUUUAUAUUUUGACAAUAAUCCACAUCACAUGGAUAAAGGCAACAACGCCCAUGGAAUCAUACAUCAGCCUAGAAAAUUAUGUUCGAAACACUGAUUCAAUCAAACACAAGCUUCCAGUGAACAUCGCAGGCAACCUAACGUUACUGCUGACAUUUAGGGCGUUUCAGAUCAUCGAUGUGGAUGAACUCAAUCAGUCCGUGCAGGUGCUGUCAGUACUGAUAGUUUAUUGGAAGUACUUCGACAUCCACUGGGAACCUUCUCAAUACAACGGUAUAUCAUCAGUGCUGUUGGAUUCAUCUGAGGUUUGGACACCCACCAUCGUCAUACCUAGAAGCAUGACCUCCAUAAAUCUGGAACUCUCUGACAAAGUUGAGAUCUCCCCCGACGGUCGAGUAAUGUCCUUGAUACCAGGGAUUCAAGAGAUAUCAUGCUUUAUGGACUUGUUGGACUUCCCCUUCGAUCGACACAACUGCACAAUCGCAUUUCUAGAGUCAACAAGAAGCACGGUGUACCCGGAGAUGGAUAUCGCAUACAUUGAUCAAAUGGCGACACAUUUUAUUAAGAAUGCAGAGUGGAGGCUUGAGCGACAUGGUUGUGGCUUUGUACAGAGCUACUUGAAUUACACAGAGUGUUGGUUUGUCAUGUCCCGACAACGAAGGUUCUAUCUGACCACACUUCUGGCGCCUCUAAUCUUGAUGUCCGCCAUGACACUUCUGGUGUUCUGCCUGCCGGCCGAAUCUGGAGAGAAGAUCUCUUUCGUCAUCUCCAUUUUCGUGUCCAUGACGAUGUUCCUGAGCAUUAUCACUGAUGUGAUUCCAAGGAGCAUGAACCAGAUCCCUCGAUUUCUGGCCUUGAUUCUAGUGACGGUUGUUGUCAUUUUUCUAGCUACUGCUGCAACUGUUGUCGUCCUUAACAGAUAUAACAAAGAGAAGAAGCAAAAACUGCGUGGAACCAAGAAUAAACCACCCAGCACACCAAAUAAUCAGUCUUCAAAUCAAAAAGAAAAGGACUGGAUUUUUUCAAUGGAGAACAACGUUAGGGCUUUUCAAAAUUCAGGAGAAAAAGCCACGGCAUUUGAUCCCGAAGGCAGGAGCAGGGUUGAUGAAGAAACAAAGAAAAGGAACAAGUCGUCGGCAUGGACUUCUUCGAUGACUGCAACGACGAGGAAUUCUAAUAGAAUCUCUGUCGUCAGUGAGGAGGAUGAUGAUUUCGGACGCCGACAAAAUGCAUCUUUAUGGACAAUGCAUUUUUGUAAUUUGACCCAUGGUCAGUUGGAUACCAUGUUCUUCUGGAUUUUCCUUGGUGCGAACAUUAUUGUCUAUACGUGGAUCCUUGGAGUGUACAUAUAG